AUGCCCGGCCCCGUGGACACCGCGAAGGACCUUUCCAAGAAGCGCAAGAGAAAGCACACCAAGCCCACUGGCGAUGGAGAAGAUGUUCCGAAGCCCGUUCAGGCCAAGUCUACUCCUGAUGUGACUUCAAAAAAGGGUUCCAAGGUCUCCAAGUCCGCCCCCGAAAAGCCAACUAAGAAAUCCAUCAAGAAGCGCAAAGUGAGCCACUCGCCAAGCGACGACGAGGAAAGCGAAGAAGAAGAUGAUGACGAGGAUGUCGAGGAUAUUGAGGAUGAAGACCAAGAUGACGAGGAGGAAGAGAAUGAGGGAAGUGAGGAGAACUCCGAUGACCCAGCUGCCGAUCUUCCUACAAUGGAUCAAGUCCGCUUGCCCCAGACAGAAGGCGAGCUGCAGAAGUUUACCGAGCUGAACCUCUCAGAGAAGACCAUGAAGGGUAUCCAGGAUAUGGGCUUUGAGACCAUGACCGAGAUUCAACAGCGUACUAUCCCCCCUCUGCUUGCUGGACGUGAUGUUCUGGGAGCUGCCAAGACUGGAUCCGGCAAGACCUUGUCCUUCUUGAUUCCUGCCAUUGAGAUGCUCAGUGCCUUGCGCUUCAAGCCUAGAAACGGUACUGGUGUUCUCGUUGUUUCUCCCACCCGCGAGCUGGCCCUCCAGAUCUUUGGUGUUGCCCGUGAACUAAUGGCACACCACUCCCAGACCUACGGUAUUGUGAUUGGUGGUGCCAACCGUCGUGCUGAGGCCGACAAGCUGGUCAAGGGUGUCAACCUGCUCAUUGCUACCCCUGGUCGUCUGCUUGAUCACCUCCAAAACACACAAGGCUUCGUUUUUAAGAAUCUGAAGACCCUAGUCAUUGACGAGGCUGACCGAAUUCUCGAAGUCGGUUUCGAGGAUGAGAUGCGCCAGAUUGUCAAGAUUCUGCCCACCGAAGAACGCCAAACGAUGCUGUUCUCCGCCACUCAGACCACCAAGGUCGAGGAUUUGGCCCGUAUUUCGCUGCGCCCUGGACCCUUGUACAUUAACGUCGAUCACCGAAAGGAACACAGCACCGUGGCCGGCUUGGAACAAGGAUACGUAAUUUGUGAGGCGGACAAGCGGUUCUUGCUUCUGUUCUCCUUCCUCAAGCGCAACCUGAAGAAGAAGAUUAUUGUCUUCUUCUCCAGCUGCAACUGUGUCAAGUACCACGCGGAACUGUUGAACUAUAUCGAUCUCCCCGUUCUGGAGCUACAUGGCAAACAAAAGCAACAAAAACGAACCAACACUUUCUUUGAGUUCUGCAAUGCUAAGCAAGGUACACUGAUCUGUACUGAUGUUGCUGCCCGAGGACUUGAUAUUCCUGCCGUUGACUGGAUUAUCCAGUUUGACCCUCCUGAUGACCCUCGUGACUACAUCCACCGUGUCGGACGUACUGCCCGUGGUGCCAAUGGAAAGGGUCGCAGUUUGAUGUUCCUGCAGCCAUCAGAGGUUGGCUUCCUGAAGCAUCUCAAGGAGGCACGUGUGCCGGUGGUUGAGUUCGAGUUCCCAGCCUCCAAGAUUGUUAACGUGCAGUCUCAGCUUGAGAAGCUCAUUAGCCAGAACUACUAUCUCAACAAGUCCGCGAAGGAUGGAUACCGAUCGUACCUACAAGCAUAUGCCUCGCACUCCCUCCGUUCCGUGUUCGACGUGCAAAAGCUUGACUUGGUCAAGGUUGCCAAGGGCUUUGGUUUCUCCGCCCCGCCUCGGAUUGACAUUCAGCUGGGUGCCAGUAUGAGCCGCGACAGGAAGCAAGAGCAACAAGGACGCCGCACCUAUGGCAGCCAGCCUAAGGGCGCCCUCAAGUUCAAGCGGAAGCACGAAGAUUAG